GGCCGGAGCCUGGCGGUAAAUUUGAACCGAGCGGCCGUUUGCCCGGGCGGUGGGGAUGACGGAGAGGCGGCCUGCGGCUGGAGAGGGGUGACUCAGGCAUUAGGCCAGGGAACGAGCCUCGUUCGUUUUAUCGAUAAACCCAAAGAUUUGAAUAUUGUCCAUUGCCGUUUGGAGGAGAAGGCUGUCUCCCUUGUCGCUGUGCAUUUUCUGGAGCUGUCAGCCAUGGCUGCAGUCAGCCUGAUGGUCCUUUAUGAGGAUGAAUCAGUGGAAGUGCAGUAUACAGAUAGCUCCUGUCUCCAGCUCUCCCCUUGUGGUUCGGAAUUCCUGUUUGAGAAGGCCCCUGCACCAUCUAUGCACCCUUUGCAGAGUUCCUGCCGGGUUCGCCAGCGAACACAGUUUGUCAUCAGCAACUACAAGGAGCAGUUACUACAAGCUCUGGAAUUCAGAAAUCAAUUUGCUUCUCAGCCCUAUCUUCUAGCAAGACUGAUUUCUGGAGACAAGCUGUUGAACCAGUUCCUUGACAUUUGUGAAGUGAAGUGGCCUGGAAGCGACCAAGACGGUGGAGUAAAGGUUGCUGACAGUGGAUGGGUGACAGUCUCCUCUCUAGAUGGUCGUGCCUUCCUCAGUCUGGCUCCAUCUCGACUUGAGUUCACUGUGGAGUUCCUGACACCAGUCAGUACGCCUGCUGCCAGCAAGCCGCUCCAUAAGCAGGGCGCAGGUAGCAACUUUGAGCCCCAAAACUGUCUCAACCUGGAGAAGAUUAAACCCUCUGGGUUCAAUGAGGGCCAGAACCAAUCUGGGAGAAGAACCCGGAAUUCUCAGAGUAAAGUACGUGAAGGUGCAAAUCCUCUAAAUCUGGAACAAAGAGGUGGAGGCUCGACUGAGAUUUGCUCCAAAUACAUGUGUCAGUAUACAUGGGUGAUUCAGCACCACACUGUAUCCUCUUGCCCACAAGAAUGGGAUUUCCCUCUGAGACUCGCUCUUCACUAUAACUGUGAGCAAGAGAAAUCUCUGGAGCUGAAUGGGAUAGAUAACAGAUCGCUGUGUGUUAAUGAACCUAUGGCACCAGGAGUUUCAGAAUCAGCCACUACUGUUCCCAAAGUAUUGCCUCUGAACUGCCCAGCCCCACAUCUUCACAGGUGGCGCUUCGGGGACGUGCUGGGUCAGGGAAAACGGGACUUGGAGACUUGCCUGCAUUCACAGCAGGUGAAAGUAGUCUGGUGCCAAAGUGUGCUGUACAGGAUAAUUACCGAUCCAGUGAACACUGUGGAAGUUUACCCAGGAGAUGGUUCUGUUCUCAAACCCCAUUGUGGCAACAGCAACUACUUCACUCACUAUCUGCUGGGACAGAACAAUGGACAGAGAGAAGAGCGAACAUACAUGGUGAGCAGCCUGCCUCCUGACACACCAAACUCCAAAUAUUCCAUUUGCUCCAUGGUCACACAGGCUGUCAGAAUCCUACAAUGCUGUAAUCGGUCUGUGAAAGUGCCCAACAUGUGCUGUUGGAAAAUGGAGCUGUUCCAAUCAGGAGGUUUUAGCCAGCUGUUAUCUCUUCUGGAUGAGCAGGACGUUCAGAAUGUUGGAAGAUUUUCGGCAUUUUCCAACGGGCGCGUUCACAUCAGUUUCUGUGACGGUGUAAGACUGAGCACGUACUGGAACUUUGGAUCUCGGUGUGCAGAAGAAACAGAGACUUUGUUGAAGCUGCAAAAACAUGUGCUCUCUCCUGUGGUACUCAAUGAAACACAAACUGAGCUGAUGCCUGGUUGGUGUCAGUUACUGUGCCCAGAUGGAUCCUCCCAUUUGGUACCAAUGUAUUCUGCUGGACGAUAUCAAAGGUAUACCGCUGCAGCGAUGGACUGGUGUCAGUGGGUGAGUAAAGGUAACCGGAAGAAAACAUCAGGGGACCAUCCCAACCCCCAGGUUAAUACACAGGAUGAGAACAGAUCUAUCAUUGCAGAGAUUCAAAAAAUACGAAAGUUUAAUUUCCUUCUGGAGAACUCCAAUUGUCUGAAGCAUGACCCCCCAUUGAACGCCAUUCCUGACCUUCGCCAGCCCACAGAGAGGGACCAGAAUAUAGAGAGAGUGCUGAGACAGACAGGCCAAGCUAUCCAAGAGAUCGAGCUGGUGCUGGCGGCUAACAAGAGGGAUGGGAAUGAAACUAGGAGGAAGAAGCAUGCAGGAGCCAUGGGAGAGCAAGGAGGUGCAAUUGAAAGUCUUCUCGUGCAGCAAGGACUGCGUCUCUGACUUACUGAGGUCUGUGGCUGCUCCACUACGAAGAACACUUUAAAACUGCAAUGUACUUUCAGACUAUGCAUCAGUAAUGAUAUCCCACCGACUUGACUUCAUAUUCCUUUAGUUUAUUGUGCAGGGUACUAGCCAGAUCCCAAGGCAAAGACAUUCUUGAUCUUGAGCUCAGAAGCUCUGUAAGGAGGGCUAUGAGUAACUUUGGAACAUUUCACUUGGUGCAUGAACAAAAUUUAAUGCACAUCUACUACAGGGCAAACUGGAAGUACCAUGGGUGCUGGACCACAAAUGUUAGAGCAUGGAUUGCUGGAUUAAGGCAGUACAGGCGAUAUUAGCACAUCCUCUGGGAUCUGUGGACUGAAUCCAAUCCACACAUUCACUGCUCAUAGGUGAUGUUCACUGUCCUUCUAAUGAGAUGUUGAUUAGCAGCACUGUCUAUCUGUCAGACUUGCACAUUAUGUUCUUAAAGCGCUUGAAAAUAACUUGCUGUAUGUGAAAAAUUUUGUAAUAUGGAAUUGAACACCAUUUAAAUGCAAAUUAUUCUUUUUAAUCAUUCUAUCUUUUGAUAACUUGUGCAA